GCCAGUCUUCUUGACAGCACCCUUCGAGGUGUAUUUCUCAUAUGGGUUUCCAUUUCUGCAAAUAUCUUCCACAUUUCCAGCCUCUUUUUUAUCAGUUUCUUUAAAUCUAAGAUUCCCGAAUUCUUUCUUGUGAGUUUCAUACGUGGGUUUUCUGUCGUUUCGGAUAUUUUGAUCUUUUCCCUGCCGAAAACAAGAGAAUUCGUGGAUUUACUGCUGAAUUUUGUUGAUAGGUGUUUUUAAUUCAGGAGAUCUUUCAGAAUUCCAGCAGAUUUUUCUCUUUUUCCAUAGUGCUUUGAUAGAUUUUCAUAGAAAUUCGCUUUUAGAGGAGAAUUUUCCUGAUGGGCUUCUCCACUUUACAAAACUUUAGCCGCAUCUUGAUCAGAUAUACACCCAAUGUUCCAAAUUGAUCAUCUUUCUUCUAGCUUCAGAGUAUUUUGAUUCCUUCCCAUAGAUUUCUUGAUGGAUUUUUUCACUGAAUUUUUUAAUUUUAAUCAAUUCUCGGUCAUAUAGGUCCAAUCCAACUGUCAAAAUUAAUCUUUUACCCUGCAAAAGAGGCAAAAAAAACACCUUUCUUGUUCUUGCUUUUGUUUCUCUCCUACUCUUUUCUUGCUCAAAUAUCAUGGCGGCAUUGGCACCGGGAAUUCUAUUGAAGCUCCUCAAUGGCAUGAACACGGGCCUCAAAGCCACGAGUGAGCACAGGAGUGCACUCCUACAGGUGACCGACAUUGUACCUGUCGAUCUCGAUGAGAAGGAUCUCUGGCCCAAGCAUGGGUUCUACAUCAAGGUAUCUGAUUCUUCACAUUCGAUAUACGUCAGCCUACCAUUUGAGCAGGAUGAUCUCGUUCUCAGCAACAAAAUGCAGCUUGGGCAGUUCAUAUACGUCGAGAAAUUAGAGCCCGGAUCGCCCGUUCCAGUCAUAAAAGGCACAAAGCCGAUCCCCGGACGGCACCCGUUAAUGGGGACGCCUGAACCAAUCAUGGGUAUCAGAGAGAAAGGGGAGAAACCCGAUCCAAGGGUAGCCCAGAUUCCAAAACUACCCUCUCAUAGAAGAGGAUCUUGGGGAGCCGAUCAAAAUCCGGUCAUUUCCUCACCUUCGGUCUUGAAGCCUAUACCCUUGGAUUUCGAUCAGAGCACUCCAAUCAAGGAGAGAUCGAACUCAAUGAGAAUGGCAACAAUUCCGAUAUCUCCAUCGAUUAGAGGAAGAAUGGGGAAGGAGGGGAAGGAGGGAGCAGCUUUCCGAUCUUCGGUAAGUGGAGCCGCAUUAUCUAAGAUGGUAGAAUCAAAAGGAGAAAGCCCGAUUUCAGUGAGGAAAAGCUGCAUCAUCGCCCCUUCUUCUGCUUCAAAGCUUCCAAGGAGCAAGAGCGUGUGCGAUCGAGAUUAUAGGAUUCCGAGGAGUCCCUUCAACUCAGCUGAAAGGAAGAGUUCAACUCCACCACCCAGAUUAAGAAAUGCAAAACUAACGUCUUUCACUCUGCCGGAAAACCAGUCGAAUUCUGGAGUGUUACAGUCUCAGCCCAGUAAUCCCACUUCCAAGAACAGCCUCAUGUCAUUGCCAGGAAAGCUCAGCACGCUCGGAAAGGAAGUUAUACAGCAGAGAGAAGUGACCCAAAAAGCCGCUCUUCAAGCACUGAAAGACGCAUCAGCCACCGAAACCUUGGUUCGGAUUCUCAAGAUGUUUUCGGACCUGAGUGCAUCUGCCAAACCUGACUCUCCCGCAGCAUGUUUCGAUCACUUCUUGAACUUCCACCGUGAAAUCAUGCAAGCAGUGACAGACAUGGAGUGCAUUCAAGCAGCCGCCAGCAUCGCAAAUGACAUUGCUCAAAACACAACUGGCAAGUAUCAAGAACCGCUAAAAGAACAGUCUCCGUCCAUCUUACAUGAAAUAGUACACAACUCGAUCGACCAGAGUGGGAAUUCGAACAUAAGCUCAUCAUCCAAUAGAAUAUCAUUGUUAUCUAAAUCAAUUUCCAUCACCCGCGAAAGGAGCAGUACCAAGACAAGUCUCGGGAAGCACUCGAGAUUGAGUACAAAUGCCAAUGCUUUCACAACAGAUGAAAACAAGAAGCCAGCAUCUGCUGCCACUGCUACUACGAGUAGUAGCAGCUACCUCAAUGCAAUCAAGUUGGGUAAGCAGAUCGAGACAGAAGCAGGAAACUGGUUUAUGGGCUUUUUGGAGGAGGCAUUGGAAAUGGGUCUGAAGAAGCGGAGAGGAUCAACCGCUGGCGAUAGCCGAAAGCUGACCAGCUGCCCCCAGUCUCUUAUACUCAAGGUUAUCAAUUGGGUAGAGGUGGAGCAGUGUGAUUGUAGUAAGCGGCCCAUUCAUCCCAGAGCAGCGCAGAUAGCAAGGAAAUUAAGGAUCAAAGUAAAGAAUCCUUGAAUGGUUUUGAUUGGUAUAGGUAGAGAUUGUAUCAACAAAUCUAGGCUUGAUCGAAUUUGUGUGAUGGGAGAUUGUCUCAUAAGUACAAAAUACACAUGCAUUGUUUGUAUUCAGAUUUGUCGAUGAUUGGUUGUUCAUUUGGAAAGGGUUAUUUUUAGAACAGCAA